GCCAUCAAGCUGAAGCUCCAUGGCGACUUUGCUCCAGGUAGAGACCAGACUACCCUUCUGAUCACCUCCGACCAGGUCAUGGUGGGCAAAGGGAUAGUACGGGAAAGACCACAGAGUGCAGAAGAAGCCAGGGAAUUUAUCAAGGGUUAUUCGGAUGAUCGAGCAUUUGCGGUGAACUUUGUUCUCGUGAGCAACCUAAGCACUGGGGCUACAAGAGGAGGAUGUGACAUACCUGAGAUCAAGUUUCAGCACAUACCGGUCGAGUUCAUCAACAGAGUGGUUAAUCAAGCCGACAUGAUCUGUGUCACCGGAGGGCUUAAGCUGACAUAUCUGUCAGUACUGCCAUUCAUCAAAGAACUUGUCGGUACAGCGGAUAGCGUUCGAGGUCUUCCAAGUGAGCUCACGGAGAAGGUUAUUCAAGAAUCACUGGAAGCAGAAGCAGAGUGA